GGCCUCCCAUCCACCAGCAACGCAAAUCGUCUGCUGAGCCACACCAAUUGUAAGCUAUCACCUAAAGUACGAUCAAGAUUAUUUCCCGCUUGCAGUACCUCAGGAUGGCGGGUGCUGGGGCCACCAAGCGAGCAGCAUCCCCCAGUCGCGCUAUCUCUCCGCCUCCGGUCAAGAGAAAGGUGGAAUCGACUGUGACUAAGAAAGCUGUCUCGUCGUUCUUCACCCCCACCUCACAGAAGAAGCCUCAGCAAAUCACAUGGCGGGUGGUGAACAACAGCGCUGUGAUAGGUAAAUAUGUCACUGAAUCAGAGCGCAAACCGGCCGCAGGAAAGUCCAAAGUCGCUGCCUUUGACUUGGACUCGACCCUAGUCUCGACAGCGUCGGGAAACACAUUUCCGAGAAACUCGGCUGACUGGAAGUGGUGGCAUAGCAAGGUGCCCACUAGACUUAAAGAGCUGAAUGAGAACGGGUAUCAUGUGAUUGUCAUCACGAACCAGAAGAAGAUCAGCCUCAAGAAAGAGAUUAAGGCAGGCAACAGCGAGUCAAAGAGUCUUACAAACUUCAAGGAAAGAGCUGCUGCUGUUAUGAAGCAACUGGACAUUCCAAUGAGUAUCUACGCUGCCACAGAGGAUGACAAAUAUCGGAAACCCAGAAUAGGGCUAUGGACAGAGUUCCUUGAUGAUUAUGACUUUGAUGUUUCGGGUGUUGACCUGGCUAGCUCUGUCUUUGUUGGAGACGCCGCUGGACGGCCGAGAGAUCACUCACAAGUAGACCGUGGAUUCGCUAUGAAUGUCGGAGUGUCUUUCAAAACCCCGGAAGAAUUCUUCCUGGACGCUGAUCCAGAACCACUCGUGGAACCGUUCGACCCGUCCGUAUAUGUGCGAGAAGCACCUGGUGACGAUGUUUCGCCUCCCUUCUCUGCCGAAAGCCCACUCGAGUUAGUGAUCUUCUGUGGCAGCCCAGGGGCCGGGAAGUCAACUUUCUACUGGGACUAUUUAGAACCCUUGAAGUACGAACGAGUCAAUCAGGACCUCCUCAAAACUCGCCCGAAAUGCAUCAAAGUGGCAAAGGAACACCUUGCAGCCGGCAAAUCCGUGGUUGUCGAUAAUACCAAUGCCGAUGCAGAGACCAGAGCCCACUGGGUCGAAGUGGCCAGGGAGUUCAAGAUUCCGAUUCGCUGCGUAUAUUUCACUGCUUCCCCGACCCUCUGCCGGCAUAAUAAUGCGGUCCGUGCCGCUAAUCAAUCCCUGAAUCCUGAAUCUCGGACUCUUGUCCCCGGCAUCGCCUUCGGGGACUUUCUUCGUCGCUUCAAGGAGCCUUCCAUGACCGAGGGUUUCAAGGAUAUAAUUCAGGUGGAGUUCCAGUUUCGUGGCGAUGAGGAGAAGAAGCGUCUUUGGGGUCAGUUCUGGGUAUAGCAGUCGUGUUUGCUUUGUCAUGAUGCAUUCCUUGAAGCCGAUCAGUCGUUCGUGGUGUAUGUUGGUUCGAACGGCUCGGUUCUACCCUGACAAAGACAAACCUGCUCCCCUAUAGAUUUCUAUUUCUGAUUUCCAAAGUACCUGCAUCUACAAGACUGUAACUAGCAGCAAGGACUGAACAGACAGAUGGGGAAGUAUUGCUAACCAUAAAGUAUCAUCCGGAUGUUAUGUCGGUCAGGGAAUGUGGAAACCCAA